AUGGAACGUCCAUCUGCCCCGCUGCUAAACCCGCAACUCCUUUCAACACAUAAUAUUAACAUUAACAGUAACAGUAUCAAUAAAAUUAACAUUAACAGUAAUAGUAACAAUUCAAUUCAAUCAAUUCAAUCAAUUCAAUCAAUUCAAUCAAUUCAAUCACUUCCAGAUCAUCUCUUACAAACUCUUGCUACGUUUCUUCAUCCAAAUGAUACAAAAGCUCUUGCCCAGUCUUGUUCGACUCUUCGCAAAGCUCUUCGUUACUCCCAUUGGCAUCGCGUUCUUAUAGUCCCAAACUCUCAUAAAUCUCAUAAAAAAUCUAACAGAUCUAACAGAUCUAACAAAUCUCAUAACAACUUAAAUAAUAACAACUCUUAUACAGACUCUCCACUACCAAAAGCCCCACUAAAAGCACUCUUAAAACCUUACAAAUACUCUUGGUUCCCAGCUCAUAAAGUCUCAAUAAUCUCCAUAGCCCCAGCAAUCGUCGACACUGAACAUCGUAGAGCUCAACUGGCCACUUGGAGAUUCGACCGUAGAUACUAUGGACGUCUUAGAGCCAUUCUACUCGACCUUACUCCAGGACUUCACAACUAUGAUGGUCUACGCGAGUCUCGUUUCUACUCAUCUCUCCAGCCGUACCUUCAAAUCUCAAUCAGACACUAUACCUAUUUAUCAUCAUCAUCAUCGUCAUCAUCUUCUUCUUCUUAUUCUUCUUCACCUUCGUCACUAUCAUCCCUAUCAUCCCUAUCUAACCCGGUAUUUCAUAUGCUCAGGAAAAAUAGACCAAGACAAGAAUUCUUUUAUGACCUUAGAGAAUCUGUCACAGCUUUAGACCUCUACUGUUUCCUCCCCAAAUCUCGAGAUCAUGUUCAAACCCCUCCAGGCCUUGCUCUUCUUGCAAAACACCACGCUGACCUUCCGAGCCUCCGUACCCUCGUAAUUCUAGUCGACUUUGCCCUUCCUGACCUUCCUGCAUUUAAUUCCUCUUCCUCCUCUUCAUCAUCCUCCCAACAUCCUUCAUCAUCAUCCUCAUCUACAAUCCUUUGCAUAAAUUCAGCUUUCCGCUCACUUGCUGAUAUCCCAGCAACUACCCUCCGUACUUGUGUCGUUAGAUUCCGUUAUGUCCCUCACGCAUUUGUUUUACCACCAACAUCCCCAGCUAUCGAAUGCCUCUCCGCUGCAUCACACUUUAUACCUAAUUCAUCCUCUUCAUCCUCAUCACCAUCCCCCAUGGCUGACAAAUUUGCCAUUCCUGUUGUCACAGACCUUGAAUGCCACGCAGGCCCAGCCCCUGCUGCCCGUGGUCAUUGUGUAGAUCUCCCCACUCUUCUCGCAGUCUUUUCUUUCCCUCGAGCCCGUAUUCUGACACAUAACGAACUGGGCCUAGCCCCCUGUGUUUUCCAUCGUGCCUUUGGUGGCCGUGCUGCUCUACCACGCCUUGUUCUUCUCGAACUUCGUAUCGACUCUCUUGUCACCGCCGCAGUUGCAGCCACUGGUGAUGACGAUAUGGCUGAGUUUUUCCGCAGAUUUCGCCGUAGCUUGGCUCUUCACAGACCUAAACGGAUCCUCGUGUGUCUUCACUUACAACAACACUUUCUCUACCGCCAGAAAAUUGCUCCUUUUCUACGAAUUGUUCGUAAAGAUUACCUCGACCACCCAAAACCACUCCCAACAGAUUCCCAGGGGAACUUGAAUAGCCCAUCACAAAAUUAUGACCAGCAACCUAAACUUUCUGCUAGAGUCAUGGAGGCCCUUGUUGAUUCCGUAGGCCAAUCUCUUCAGACUUCUUCGCCUUCUGCUAUUAACCCUGUUGUUGAGCUUUUGGGUUUAUUAGCAGAACCUCAGCCUGUACGCAUUUUUGAUUUCCAGCACCACUUGAGUCUCUGUGUCAACGAAGCAUACUUACUUCUUGCUCAUGUUUUUUUCGAGGCUGUUCUUUACCAUGCUUGUUUCCUUGAUUCUUUAGAGUAUCUCCAGAUUUCUUCUGCCGGAAAAUUUUUCCCAGUCUCCCAUUGUCUCCAACGCUUAGUAUCUAGUGUUUCUGGUCUUCGUCAGAUUUUCAUUGCAACAAAACUACCGCCCACAUGGGCCCCCCAUGCACACAAACGCAAAGCUCUUAAACGUGUACUUCGCGCUUUGCCAAUUGCGUCUUAUACUCACCAUGUGAUUUUUGAUCCCCCCCGAAUCGAUCUUGAUGCACAACCCCCGCCGCUACCUCAGCAGCAGCAACGACAGCAGCAACCUCUCAAUUCACAAUAUACAAAUGGUUCUUCUGUAAAUAACCCAGAAACAAACAACAACAACAAUACUUUAACAUCAUCGGGAUACCCUGUCCGAACUCAUGCAAGACUCCACUCUAUUGUAGACCUUGUUCACAGAAAACCUUUCCACAACCAGCUUGAUGCCAUGUAUCUUGCUGACAAUGAUAAUGAUAAUGACGACAAUUACAAUGAUGACAAUCACAAUGAUGACAAUGACAAUGACAACGACAAUUACAAUUACAAUGAUAAUGAUAACAACAACCCGAACUACAACCAACCGGCAUUACUACAUGACCCUGCCUUUUGCGAGGAUGCAAUUCGGCAGAUUGAUUUUGCUGGCUGGCUUUGA